AACCGUAUAUUUUAAAAGUAUAUUUAAAAAAACGUGCGACUGAUUGAUAAACAUAAAGAAACCUUUAUAAUAUAUAUAUCAAAAUGGUCCUUAAACGUGGAAUUUUUCUUCUAAAAGAUGACGGUUUCAUAACACACACAACUGAGGAGCAGAGAAAGGUUGAGAAGCAAGUGUUAAGUAAUUAUGAAAAUGUUCAAGAUGAUAAAAAUAAUGGGAUUAAACUGCUGAGAUCAAAGCAUAUAUCCUAUCUCAAAAAGGGUCUCCUACAAUUAUCUGACUCGUAUGAGUGUCUUGAUGCAAGUCGGCCAUGGCUUUGCUAUUGGAUUCUUCAUAGCUUAGAGUUAUUAAAUGAACCUAUUCCAGAGGAAGUAUGCCAACAAGUUGCAAAUUUUCUUGAUAAAUGCCAAAAUCAUGAUACAGGAGGUUUUGGAGGCGGACCUGGACAGCUAUCACACUUAGCUCCAACUUAUGCAGCUGUUUGUUCUUUGUGUAUAUUGGGAAAAUAUUGGCUAGCUGCUUAUGAUAUUAUUAAUAGAGAAAAACUUCAAAAGUUUUUAACCAGCUGUAGAACAGUAUCUGGUUCAUUUAUAAUGCAUCAUGAUGGGGAGGAGGACAUAAGAGGAGUGUAUUGUGCAAUGGUUGCAGCUCGUUUAACUAAUGUAUUUACAAAGGAAAUGUUUAAAGGUACUGCAGACUGGCUAGCGAGUUGUCAGACAUAUGAAGGAGGAUUUGGAGGUCUUCCUGGGUUGGAGGCACAUGGUGGAUAUACUUUUUGUGGAUAUGCUUCACUAGCACUGCUUGGGCAGGAACAAAAAGCUCGUACUAAGCAAUUGCUUAAAUGGGUUGCAUUUCGUCAAAUGAAGUUAGAGGGGGGAUUUCAGGGUCGCACUAAUAAAUUGGUUGAUGGCUGCUACUCUUUUUGGCAAGGAGGAAUAUUUCCUGUUAUUCAUAGCAUACUUCAAAUGUACAGUGAUGAGAAUCUUAGUAAUACUAACUGGAUGUUUGAUCAAAGUGCGUUAGAAGAGUACAUAUUGGUAAACUGUCAAUGGCCUCAAGGUGGUUUGAUUGAUAAACCUGGAAAAUCGCGUGAUUUCUACCAUACUUGCUAUUGUUUAAGUGGACUCUCAGUAGCUGAACACUUUAUAGGAGACGAAGUUACAAAUACACAUAUUGAAGGAAGUCAAACAAAUUUGCUACAACCGAUUCAUCCUAUAUUUAAUAUAUGCAUUGACAGUGCAAACGAAGCUUUGUUGCAUUUUAACAAACUUGCUGUUCCUUCAUCUGAUUGAAGAGUUUUUAUAAGAACCUAAUGGGUGUCAACUGUUCAGUGACGUCAAGUAUGCGGUUGCUUUAUGGUUUAACUGCGAAUGAUAUUGAAUUUACAAAAAUGUUUAGAAA